AUGACCGAAACACGACCAAACCGAUGGGCCACGAGCGCCGCUCAAGAUGAACACCCUUGCCUCGAUGACGAGUACGAGGACGAGGACGAGGACAAUGGCCCAAGUGAAGAGGCUCUAGCACAUGCCAGAUACUUGUUUGAUAGGCGUCAGCAGGUGGCUGGAUCGACUGCAGCUGGAAUUGUCAGAAGGAUCACUCGGCCUGCUCCUGGAGGUUGGUCCGACUCCGAUGAGGCUGUUAUCUCUGGUUACUGGGACGCGUCGCCCACCAAAGCCCAUUCUGCAAAGAUUAACCAGGGUCAGCAUGCCGCAUUACUGGCCUUGUUCAAGACGAGCAUUAGGGUUACUGGCCUGGCUCCCAUCACCAUGAUAUCUCCUAUCCACUGCUUACGGUACCAACCAGUGUUGAGGGACAAUACGGGUCUGGACUCGGUAUGA